CUUUGUCGUCACAGAAUCAAUUGAUUUUAGUUAAGAGGAAUUAUAAAGAAAUGGGUUGCGGACAAUCAAAACACGAUGUUGUUACGGGUAACACCACGACGGUCCGAAAACCUUUGGAAGCUGAAUCAGUGAAGGGCCAAGAGAACGAGACAAUUAAAAGACAAGAAAGCUGCCGGUGCAAGAAAACGAACGACAUCUCAGCUGUGGUUUCUUCAAACCAGCCAAAAACCACCGUGGAAAAUAAUACCAAAAAACUGGAGGAAAAGAAAGCUGGAGGAGAUUGUGGCGAGAAGCCGGAGGGAGAGACAAAUGAUGAACAGAAACAUGAGGAAAAGGAAGCAACCACUUUGCCGUUGGUGACAGCGAUAGUGUCGGAAAAUAUUUUGACGGAGGAAACCGUUAACGACGUAAAUGAGAGCAUUUUGCCUGUGGAUGAACAAAAGGAAAAAGUUGAUAGUGAUACAAUUGUAGAAGAGGAAAAAAGUACCGAAGAUAAAACUUCUGGUAACGUUAACACUGAAAUUCUACUUCCCGAGGUUGAAGAACCAAAACUGGAUGUAGAAACUCCAAUAACAACGGAGUCAGAAGUUCAAGAAGUUUUGACCAAAGAGGAUGUAGAAAUUGCUACCUCGGAAAAUGUUGAAACCGAGUCCAAAGAAAACGAUGACACUUUUAUUUUGAAGGACGAAGAUAAAGUUAAUUUUGUAGAGAAUGUAGCCGCCUCGAAAACUGUCGAAAUUACAUCCACAGAAAACGACGACACUUUUGUUUUAAAGGACGAAGAUGAAGUCGAUCUUAUAGAGAAUGUAGAGACUCCCGCCUCAGAAAACGAAGACACUCUUGUUAUAAAUGAUAAAGCUGAUCUUGUAGAGACUGUCCAAAGUGUGUCCGCAGAAAACGACGAUACUCUUGUUUUAAAGGACGAAGAUAAAGUUGAUCUUUUAGAGAAUGUAGAGACUCCCGCCUCAGAAACUGCAUCUACAGAAAACGAUGACACUUCUGUCUUAAAGGACGAAGAUGAAGUUGAUCUUGUCGAGAAUGUAGAGACUGCUGCCUCAGAAACUGUCGAAACUGAGCCCACAGAAAUCGAUGACACUCCUAUUUUAAAGGAUGAAGAUGAAGUUGAUCUUGUAGAGAAAGUAGUCGAACAUGUGUCUACAGAAAACGAUGACACUCUUUAUUUAAAGAAGGAAGAUAAAGUUGAUCUUCUAGCGAAUGUAGAGACUUCCGCCUCAGAAACUGUCGAAACUGUGCCUACAGAAAAAGAUAACACUCAUGUUCUAAAGGAUGAAGUUGAUCUUGUAGAGAAUGUAGAGACUGUCAAAAGUGCGUCCACAGAAGACGAUGACAUUCUUGUUUUAAAGGACGAAGAUAAAGUUGAUCAUAUAGAGAAUGUAGAGAUUACAGGCACACAAAAUGUCGACAUUGUGUCCACAGAAAACGAUAAAACUCAUGUUUUAGAGGAAGAAGAGAAAGUUGAUCUUGUAGAGGUAUGAAAGUUCAGCUAAUAUACAUUGUUUUAUAAUGGUAACUAGUUUGAUAUCAUUAUUACGAAGACCAUUUAAGAAAUCUCUUUCGAAAUUUGUCAUUUUUGGCGUUGUGUAGGGAAAUCCGGCAAAGCAAGUUGAGGCGGCAUGAAGAAAGCGUGUAUAUAUAAUAUCAAGCAACUUCAAUCUGUGUUACAAAUACAAUAUGCACUACCGCACAGUCAAAUAUCUAUUGGUUAUUUAUUUCUUCUAUCUAAAAAAUAAAAAUUCAAAAAAAUUUAAUUUGGUUUAUUUAAACCUCAUUCUUUCCUACGUGUCAUAAGAAGAGAAAAAUCUCUACUUUAUUAUUUAAGAUAUAUACUAGGUAUGUUGUAUAGAUAUUUUUAUUUGUCCAAUUUUUAUUUCAAAAUUAUGUUGUAUAUAUAUUUUUUUAAUCGUAAUGUAUAUGUAAUUCAGGGUGGAACGGAAUGAUUAAUUGAUAAAAAAAAGAAGGUAGGUAGCUGACUUAUUUUUUUGUGUGGAUGAAGUAUAUUUUUGUAUUGUUGUUUUUUUGUGUGGAUGAAGCUGUACGUGGAAUUGUGAAGCAUUUUUAUUGAUCCAUGAUGAUGAUAAUGUCUAUUAGGUUUAGUAGUAAAGAUAUAUUGUAAGGAAAUGGUGAAUUGUAUAUAACAGCCUUGGAAUUUGAAGUUUAAAUUUAAUUAGAAACUUAGCUUUAUUAUA